GGAAGCGCCUUGCACCUCACGGAUCGUAACCAGCAAGCCCCCCUCUAUUUAAGCUCCCCCUUUUCGCCUCUCCCUUCUUUCUUGACUUCUCUCUCUCUCUCUCUCCGCGUUUUCUGUGUUCAUAUUGAUCCCAAAGCUGCUGGUUUUAUGAUCUUCCAAGCAAAAAUCAACUGGGCUUUUGUGAUUAACUGGGGUUUUGGUGAAUUGGGUUUGUGUUGAUUCUUAGUUUGGUGCAGAUUUUUGGUUUCGGGUGGUUUUGAUUAAUUUGUCACCAUGGAAGAAGAAGCUUCAGCACUGGUGAACGUGUACAGAGCAGAUGAUGAUGGUAUAAUGGAUUUGCCUCCGGGGUUUCGGUUUCACCCCACAGACGAAGAAAUUAUAACCCAUUAUCUCACAGCAAAGAUCACCAACAGCUGCUUCACUGCCAGAGCCAUCGGCGAAGCCGAUUUGAACAAGUCCGAGCCCUGGGAUUUACCCAAGAAAGCUAAGAUGGGAGAGAAAGAGUGGUACUUCUUCUGCCAGAAAGACAGAAAGUAUCCAACAGGCAUGAGGACGAACAGGGCGACUGAGUCAGGAUACUGGAAGGCCACGGGAAAAGACAAAGAGAUUUACAGAGCAAAAGGGUGUCUUGUGGGAAUGAAGAAGACGCUUGUGUUCUACAUAGGGAGGGCUCCCAAAGGACAGAAAACCAAUUGGGUCAUGCAUGAAUAUAGGAUAGAAGGCAAAUUCUCCUACCAUGCCCUCCCCAAGCCUGCAAAGGAUGAAUGGGUUGUGUGUAGGGUUUUUCACAAGAGCACAGGAAUUAAAAAAGCCCCAAUUGCUCCAAGCCUUGCGAGGAUGAGCUCUUUUGGGGAUGACCUAUUGCUAGACUGCUCUUCACCAAUACCACCACCACCUCUAAUAGAAAUAAACCCUAAUUCCUCCAACUUCAGCCAACCUCAUGAAGACAGCUUCAAAAGGGAGACUACUGCACCAUCUACAGCGAGAUCAACCGACUCCGCCGCCGCCACUGCCACCACCGCCACCUAUAACUUCCCCUACUACCCAGCCACCGCCGCCGCCGAAUCACUAGAAGACCACAAGAACUAUCUUCUACCCAACAAUUACCAAUUAGGGAUGAGUUCAAGUGACACAACAGCAAUAAUUAACUCACUAUUCUACCCUAAAAAUCCGCCUGCAAAUCCUCUUUUUCCCUUCAAAGGGUCUCCAUACCCUGGCCACUUGCACCAACAAGAAGGAAGGGCUUACUAUAAUUCCAUUCCAAGCUUUGCCAGCGCCGCCUUCCUUCAUGGCCAAGCCACCUUACCACCCAGGGCCGCCGUGUCGGGCUCCGAGUGCAAGGUGGAACAACUCUCGGGGAACCAGUCGAUGGUCACCGGCCUCUCGCACGACACGGUGCUCAGCGCCGAUGUGACCGCUGAGAUCUCGUCCGUGGUUUCGAAGCACCACAGCGGGACCAAGGCCGGGCCUUGUGAGAACCUGGGGGAUCCUUCACUUGGAUCCAAUAUGGUGGAUUUGGAUUGUUUGUGGAACUACUGAAUGAUGAUCAAGAAGAUGAAUUUCAUCAAUUCUCAGCUUGCAGUCUGCAUAUAAUAUGUUCUUUAGGAUAUUUGGUUUUAAAGUCUAGUUCGUUAGGUAGGUAUACUGCAGCAAUAUAUUAAGGUAUUUGGAUUUCAAAGAUAUAUUAUGCUGUGUAUAAACCUGUCAUGUUUAGACAUUAGACCUUUUCUGAUAAGAUUUUUCUUUAUAUAAAUAUAUACAUAAUAGAAAACAAAAACCAUGCAUACAUUUGAUCUAAUUUGUUAAUUAAGUACAUUUAUUCAUUUUUCUGAAAUAAUUAUAAUAAGAUUAUGCUGGUUUUGUAUAUGUAUUAGCUAGCCAUGGAUUGGGACAUACACAUGUGACGUGUGUAAUGUAUCUUAAUUUUGAUGUAUUUUUUAUUUAAUAUAAUGAAUUAUUGAACUAAGUA